GGGAGUUGUAGUCUCGAUCUGCGCCAGCAGGUAUGGCGGCUUCCAUUGCGGGGAGCUAUGGGGCCGCAAUGGCCCUGGUCGGGCGCUUUCGAGCCAACAGGGCGCUGAUUCCUGUGCCGGCCUCCUUUGCCUGCGGUGCGCGCGCGGGCCCUAGCCGGCCGCAGAGCACAGGACCCGCGGAGUCCGGCGCCUUCCGGCCGCCCUCGAAACCCGUGAUCGUGGACAAACGCAGCCCGCCGCUCCGGGAAACCAGGUUCCUGAGUCCUGAAUUCAUUCCUCCACGGGGAAGAACAAAUCCUCUGAAAUUUCAACUAGAAAGAAAAGAUAUGCUAGAAAGGAGAAAAAUACUCCACAUUCCAGAGUUCUAUGUUGGAAGCAUUCUUCGAGUUACUACAGCUGACCCUUAUGCCAGUGGAAAAACUAGCCAUUUUCUGGGGAUUUGCAUUCAGAGAUCAGGCUCAGGAUUUGGAGCCACUUUUAUCCUUCGAAACAUUAUAGAUGGACAAGGUAUUGAGAUUUGCUUUGAACUUUAUAAUCCUCGAAUCCAGGAGAUCCAGGUGAUCAAAUUAGAGAAGCGACUGGAUAAUAGUUUGCUGUAUUUGCGUGAUGCUCUUCCUGAAUAUAGUACUUUUGAUGUGAAUAUGAAACCAGUAGUUGAAGAAUCUAAGGAUGUUCCUGUUAAUCAGCUGAAAGUAAAAAUGAAGCCUAAGCCCUGGUCCAAACGCUGGGAACGUCCACAGUUUAAUAUUAAAGGAAUCAGAUUUGAUCUUUGUUUAACUGAAGAGCAAAUGAAAGAAGCUCAGAAGUGGAAUAAGCCGUGGCUCGAGUUUGACAUGCUGAGGGAGUACGAUACUUCAAAGAUUGAAGCUGCAAUAUACAAUGAAAUUGAAGCAUCGAGAAAGUCAUGAUUCUAGAAUGACUUUCAGGAUAUAUGGAUCCUCAGGAAAUUUAUUUAAAGACCAAUUUAAGGACAUAGUUAUCAAAUUGACUGAGUAUCCUUUACUUAGCGAUUACUUUUUCAAAAAGUAAAAUUAGCAUGCCUGUUUAUAUAUAUAUAUAUAUAUAUAUAUAUAUAUAUAUAUAUAUAUAUACAUGAAAAGUGAUCCAGUGUCUACUCUUGGCUGAAGAUAAAGGUACAAUAGACUUAAACUGUUACCACUGAACAAAGAUUAACUUUGCUGACUUUUUAAAUUCAUGAAAUAAAACAUGAAUAUAGAAAAGUGUGUGACUUAAAAGAGAACAACAAAAUGGACAUGCAUGUACUCACUAUCAUGAGACAACGGUGACACUGUGUAAUAUCUAAGAAAGUUAAGAAAGAGAAUGUUUUCUAGAAUCUAAUUUGACUCCUGCAGAUUUGAAAUCGGAUGCCUGCUCCUUCCAAUUAUAGGUACCAGCCUGACUUUAUGUUAAUCAUUUUAGUUUGUGCAUACACUUGCACUUCUUCAUUUUUAUUUUUAUAAAAAGGAAACACUGACAAGACCAUAGGAUAAGAGGGGUACAACUCCACACAAUUCCCACCACCAGAACUCUGUAUCCCAGCCCCUCCCUUGAUAGCUUUCCUAUUCUUUAACCCUCUGGGAGUAUGGACCCAAGGUCAUUGUGGGAUGCAGAAGGUGGAAGGUCUGGCUUCUGUAAUUGCUUCCUGGCUAAACAAAGGCAUUGACAGAUCAAUCCAUACUCCCAGCCUGUCUCUCUCUUCCCUAGUGGGGUGGGGUGCUUGGGAAAUGGAUCUCCAGGACACAUUGGUGGGGUUGUCCAGGGAAAUUUGGUUGGCAUCAUGCUAGCAUCUGGAACUUGGUGGCUGAAAAGAGAAUUAACGGGAGUCGGGCUGUAGUACAGCGGACUAAGCGCAGGUGGCGCAAAGCACAAAGACCGGCAUAAGGAUCCUGGUUUGAACCCCGGCUCCCCACCUGCAGGGGAGUCGCUUCACAGGCGGUGAAGCAGGUCUGCAGGUGUCUAUCUUUCUCUCCUCUUCUCUGUCUUCCCCUCCCUCUCUCCAUUUCUCUGUCCUAUCCAACAACAACAACAAUAAUAAUAACUACAACAAUAAAACAAGGGCAACAAAAGGGAAAAAAUAAAUAAAAUAAAUAUUAAAAAAAAAAAGAAUUAACAUACAAAGUCAAACAUAUUGUUGACCAAUCGUGAACCUAAAGGCUGGAGUAGUGUAGAUGAAGAGAUGGGGGGAGGGGGUCUCCGUUUUGUAGAUAGCUAGUAGGCAUAUUUUAGUUAUAUUCCAAAGGACCUGUGGCUAUACUAGUUUUUUUUGUUUUUUUUUUCCCUGAGCCUGAAAUCAGAUAUGCAGGUGGAUCCAAGUUGUUGUCUGGGGCAACGAUGUCAUGGCUGGAAAAAAGACCAGAAAGCUGAAUCAGGGAAGAGUAGCUCCCUAAUGUGGGAAAGGUGUAUAAAUAUUGUUGACUGUAAAACCCAUUGAUUUCAUGUGAUCUAGGGCCCAUAUUUAGCUUAGGAGCCUAUGUGACCUCUGCAUCCCUCUGGAUCUGAGCUCACAUUCUGUGGUCAUGAGAGGGAACAUUCCAAGCUACACUAACAUCAGGACCCAUCUUCCCCAGGUAUAGCAUAGAGUAUGUUGUCCAGCCUCCCUCCGGAGGAUGAACAUUCUCUACUGUUGUUGAUCCAAGUUGAGGGCAAAGUCCUAUGGGGGCCCACAAAGGGGUCUAAUUUGUUUUUCCUGAUAAAAUGAGCGCUAACAAUGGAGAGAGGGAUUUAUCUGAGGUCUAGGCCUAUCAUGUCUGUUUGUCUCAGGCCUCCCUGAUUAGGACCCAGCUGAUGGAUUGGCCUGAUAGUGACUAAAGAGUCAUCGUUAGAGUAUGCCAGUCUCUUGCCCUUAUUCAGCUUUUGCAGUCCUUGCUUUGAUGAGGUUAGCUUUGGAGUGAGUGAGAAAAGUGUAAUAGAAAGUAGGUGAGGAGGGUAACUAAGUCUAAAUAGACACUAUUUGAUCAUGAACUGCUCUGAUCUGGGUUGGUGCUGAGUGUCCAGGGCCUCAUGAUAAAGAGAGACAUAGACUCCACUGCUGGGCCACCCCCCGGGGCUCCAUACACACAUGUGAACACACACACACAUAUGUAUGGAAACUGAGGAUAUGGUUGAGCAUGGUGGAACCUCCCACUGAAAGACGGGUGUGAGGAAUAUGGUCUUCCUGUCAGCCUCUCUCUACCAGAGACUGAGCAUGGGAGAGAACGGCCUUCAGGUUCAGCUUCACCUGUCAGACUCUGCCUCACAGGGACUCUGCAUUCCCUGACACAAUAGUCCACUCCCUUAUUAUCUACAUAAUCAUAGUUUAGCCUGAAAGUCCCCUCCCUACUUCCCCACCCAUUCCAUUCCUUUGAUCAUAUCUGUCUUCUUUUUGCCCUCAGGACCCCCCUUUAGCUGCUGGUUACUGAUAACUUUGCUUCCUUUAACCAAUUAAACCUCUUGCUCAACUUCUUCUAGUGUUUGCCCUCCUUCCGUAGCCAGUCAACAGUGUCAGGUUGAGCCUGAUGUAAAGUUUCGAGACCUCCUUUGAAUCUGGAGAGGUGGCAGUCGUUGACUAUGUGGGUCAUAGUCUGUCUGUAGCCGCAGGGGCAGUUCGGGUCGUCUCUGGCUCCCCAGCGAUGGAACAUAGCGGCGCACCGGCCAUGGCCUGUUCGAUAGCGAUUGAGGAGGGCCCAAUCAUAACGUGCUAGGUCAAAGCCGGGUUGACACUCGCAGGGGUCUGUGAUGAGGUGUUUGUUCUUUACCUCAGCUGACGGCCAACUCUGUUUCCAAGAGUCUGGAACAGAGAAGUUCAGUGUAGGCGUAGGAGACCAGAUUGGAUGACGAGACGUCAAGCGUUGGACAGGGUGGGCGAAGAUAUCCGCGUAUAUUGGCAGGUCGGUCGAGCGCUCCGGUCUUGCUCAACAAUUACUGGAAAAGUCCUGACCCUCCCCAGACCCUUUGCCUCCCCCCUACCAUAUAUUGUAUACACAUGUCCCUUCCUCCUGUGACCCCUUAUAAAUCCUGUUUUGCUAUUCAAUAAAUGGAUUGUUCACGAA